AUGCGCAAGGAACAAGUAGCCAGGCAGACAGCGUUCUUACGCCCUCGAAGUCAUGCGCCCGUAGUUUCUCCUGAGGCCCAGCGUCAGGCUUCUCGCGAGUGGCGCGACAAGGUGAUUUCGGAGAUGGGUGCGGUGAAAGAUGUCGUACGCGCAUCGGAGCUUGCAGAAACGGAGGCGCAGAGCCGCAUUAACGAAAAUUGGAAGGCGUGGAUGUAUACACAUGUCGAACAGCGGAAAACCGUUGCGGAGCAAAACACGUUUGCAAUGCUAUCUGAAGCUGGUAUGGAAGCGUCAGGUUUGAAAUCGUCAAAGUUGGAAUAAUUUGUGAUGCAUAAAAUGCGACACAGAAAGUGACUCUAUUGCAGAGGACCCACGGGAGGUAGAUUAUAGUCCUGGUAAGGGUCAAAAGUUGGACUGCUAACUAGCAUGACAGAAGGCAGCUCUUUUGCCCUAAACCGCAUGACAGACUCGCUUCCGGGACCGGGAAGAUUUGUCAUGCACCGACUACAAACUGUAGGUCUAACCGGUAUGCGUUUUAUGCAUGACAAACUAUUUCAACUUUGACGAUUUCAAACCUGACACAUCCAUAGCUGGCCUUGAGCUUUUAGAGGAGCCGGAGCGGUACAUGCAGGAAGGCGCGCUCGAGUAUGUCGCUGUCAUCGACCUACUGACAAAGAAUCAUAGCCGCCAAACUGUGCCUACCCCGGAGCAGCUGGUAGCAAAUCUGGAGUUGGUGUGGCGUUUCUAUUGGUUUUCCAGCGCGGCGCCAUUGCACGCGCGACCUACCACGGGGCAGCCCCGCUUCCAUGUUUUACAGUUGGAAGCGGCCGCGGCAACAGCCCUCGAAAUUCAGACGCUGACUCAAGGCACUGCUUUUGAUCCGCGGCUGGUCACUCUGCUUCGGGAUUUCUUCGAGGCAGCCCAGAUCGCUACGUAUUUGGCGGAAGAAGCAGAGCUGGCCAGGUUCUUUGAAUUUGACAAGACCUCCUCCGAAGCGACAUUAUCAAAUGCAAAAAUGUCUGGGUCUGGAAGGUGGCAGCUUGUCAUGGUAAAUCUGAAGCAUGCAAAAAUCUGUGUUGCAUGAGUGCCAAAAGCUGUCCACUUUUGACCAACAUGGAAGGGAGUUUCUCAUGCAGGAUAGGCAUGGCAGAGACCUCGCAGAUUCUGUCAUGCUAAAUCCCACAUUCCAUUUCGUUCUUUCCAGACCUCAUGGGUUAAGGUUAUGGAAAAUCUGCUGCGUGACAAGUUUACACUUUUCCAGACCCAGACACUUUUGCACUUGAUAGACAACAUGGACGCGCGACGAAGUUUGGGAGGCGGCGCGCGGGAUGCUGGACGAUUGGUUUGGCCAGCAAGAUACUGAUACUGAGCAUCCUGAUACAAAAAAAGUAAAUGUAGAAAAUGGCGCUUCGUCGCAUAAUGAUAAUAUGAAGCAACUGCGACGAGAGAUGUUGCAGCGAGCUAUCAUCAGCGGCCAACGCAGUCGGAAGCAGCUGCCAAAAAGGAGAAAGAGACCAGAAGGGGAAACUUUAUCUCGGGAGGACGUCGCAAAAAUGGGAGCAGCUCCAAAAACUGUACCUACGCCACACGUCAACACCGCAACUCCUGUCGCGCCCCCCGUGGUAGAAGCAGAGAGGUGUGGCAGGAGCUUCUGCUGGACCCGAUCCAGAAGGUCCUACCGCUUUCCGAAUAUCGGAGAACUACGCGAGCGGGGUGAAGCAGCGGGCCUGGUGAGUAGGGGCGCAUGCGCCACGAGGACUGGCGCCGCUGACCCUGCAGCUAAGGCAAUAGCAACGCGUCUUCUUGCUAGAGCCCUCGAAGCUGUGUGGAUGCGAGUGCGCUUGGAGGAACGCAUGGCGGUGGAUGUCAGCGAAGUGUUUCGCAUUGCCAUGCCGAACAAAAACGAGACUGAGUACGGGGCCGACUACAAAACUGUGCUGGACGAGGCGCGCAAGGAAGUGCUGAACUCUGACUACUCCGACGCGCAGUGGAGCUUUACCACCUAUAGCGUCAAAGGACCGGGAAUACAACUACUAUCAACCACGACAACACCAACAGCAACUGCCACAGGAACAAGGCCCGCCACUUCAGGGAAGAGCAAGAAAGAAGAUGAAGGCGAGCUAUAUUCCUGCCAGGAGGUGGACAGAAACAAAAUUUAUUCGCUAAAAACGAGGCAAAGAGAGGGGGCGCAGAACUACUUGAUGCCCAAAAGCACCCUGGCGCGGUAUGCCAUUCUCUCGCGGCUCCCCCCCUCCAUGCACGACGCUUGCCAGCACUUUUUGGAAAACAAAGCCGACCAAGUCGAACGCAUCAGGGCCGGCAAGGAAGAAGCAGAUCUUCGUGAAGAUGUGCUCUACUCGCGGGGGCCACCUCCGCCUCCGCCUGCUGCCAAUACUACACGACCAGGUUUCCGAAGGGUGCAGCAAGUCGUCGCCGACUCGGAUUCUGACCUGCUUCCUGAAGCAGAAGAGGAAGAUCCUCUUCUGGACCACGACGAAUAUUUUUCCAGCGAAAGCAGCGGCACGAGCAGCACGGCCGGAGAACAACAUCAGGAGCCUGAUCUUGUUUAUGUUUCCCCUCCAGCGGUGCCAGAAGAAGAGAUCCGGCUAUUCAGAUCCGCGCACGACGAAAAAUACAUCAGAGCCGCGGGCGCCGUGGUGGAACAGCAGAAGCGCGCUACGCAUUGCAAAUAAGUCUUUAAGGUGUGUAUGGUUCUACUCAGAAGUCGUCCUACCUGUGAAGUAGUGGGCGAACCGUUACAGUUGAAUUUCUAUGCAUGAUGUCGUGUCUAUUCAUCGACAUUAUCCGUUGUUGUAGUCGUGGUCGUGGUGGAGCAUAGAGCUUUUAGUAUUGGUUUUUCUCGAUAAACCUAAGUGUUGGCCUAAGUGAAUCCUAAGUAAAACCGAAGUAAUCCCGAAGUCUUUUUCCGGACUCGUGGGCGACGCAGAACCGCGGGAAAGUGGACCUUAAGAGGGCUCCAGCGGAAAGGAAAAUCCCGUGGAAGCAAAACAAGUUGGGGCGUAUCGGCGCGGUGCAGGUACGUUCCGGCGCGCAAGAUUAUUGGGACCUGCUUAAAGGGAAAAAAAUGACAAGCGGCGUCCUGUUUGGCCGCGCAAAGCAGGGAAAAAUGCCGCCGGGACAUAAAAAAAAAGCCGGGGCACGAAAAAACUCGCGAAACUAGCCAAAAAACAAAAGGCGUGCGCAGCGUGGAAGGUGCUCCGCGCGGCUUUGUGGGCGGCCGCCGGAGCUUGUGGGUGCGCCGCGCGCUGCCCCGCCGGUGCCCCCGGCGCUUCCCGCCUGGAAGCCAUUCUGUGCCGCUUUUUUGUGUCGAAAAUUAAUAGCAAAAAAGGUCGCAAACUGAAGAAAAAAAUUUGCAAACUGAGGAAAAAAGGUCGCAAACUGAAGAAGAAAAGCCGCAAAGUGAAGAAAAAAAGUCGCAAAGUGAAGAAAAAAAGUCGCAAACCGAAGAAAAAGGCGGGGGCGGAAGGGCGCAAGUUACGGGGGCGCCUGCCGGGCGGCCUCGACAAGAGCCCGCGGACGCCGCCGCCACCGGGCCCCGCCCCCGGGGGGCGCCGGGGCCUAUUCAUCGACAUUAUCCGUUGUUGUAGUCGUGGUCGUGGUGGAGCAUAGAGCUUGUUAGAGCGCAUCAGAUCUUCUUCAUCACGCCGAUGUGCGAAUCAGAACAAAGGAAGGCCUCGCUUUUCGUUGUCGCUGUUGCUCUUUCGCACAAUCUUCAUUAUAUGCAAAACAAUUUAUACACGAGGACUACUAACUUCUUGCAGCGGCGCAUCUACAUCACAGGACGAAAGGCGGGCAUGCAAGACAGGCAUUUUUACUUCAUGAUCCAAGUCCAUAGCCAUACAUAUUUGCAAUGCAUACCCGUCCGACUUUUGUUCAAGGAGGCCGAUGCCUUGCUUCGGGAUUUGUCCAAUUUUGCUCAAGGGUGAACGUGGAGUCCCAUUGGGGAAGCGGAAGUGGAAGCUGCAGACCCUGACGACCCAACACAAAAAUGAUAUACAGUUGUAAACAAAAAUAUUAAUCCCGCUCUCGUACCCCUUUGCAUCAAGGCGGUAAGUACGCUACACCACUGCAUUUUUAUUCGGGAGCGCUAUUAGAAUGAACAAUGAAACUACUGCGCUACGCUCAAAUGAUGAACUUUUGCGUUUUGUUGCUGAUUUUCUAGAGAGCUUACAGGAGGAGCAGGAGCUAGGCUACUGUGUGAGUGCUCAGACCACCUUUGUUUUUGAUGUCGCAGUGCACGCUGCUCCCCCCGGGGCAGGAGUUUGAUGAUGAUGAUGAUGAUGUUGCAAAACGGUGCAUAAUUCGGAUGAAUGAAUAAGUUUUCAGAAAAAUUAAGCUGCGCGAAGAUAGAAGUUCGUUGUAGGACGAUUCAGCACUUCUAAAAAUUAACAUUUGUGUACCAUUUUAGGACUUUACCAUUUUAGGAAGUAGCUCUUCAUAUUUUUGUGAGCAUCAUCUCUGCCGCCGCAAGGAACUCUCCGCGGUUUUUGGACGAAUAAAAAAGAUAGAUUCCAAGGUCAAGAAAUAAACGAGAAGCACUCAACGGAAAAAAAGUAAAAAUGAAGUGUUAGACGAACGUGUCCGUUUACGACAAAUUGAAAUUAAAACAGAACUAGAAAUCCCGUUCUAGAAGUACCUCAACCCUCUAUGCUGAAGAGAAGAUCCUGCCUCUAUGCUGAACAACAAACCACUCGUCCGGAGGUCACAUUCUCGUUGUAAAAUGCAAGAGUAGAAAAUCAUGACACCACCUUCGCAGAAGCGAGACGAGGGCGAAGGGCCAAAUCGAAGAACACAAGACCAAGAGGUAGUUGUGAUUGGCAACCGAUACUAGAAGAACAAGAAGCCUGUUCAUCAAUACAACAAGGCCCUCCAUUUUUCUGGCUUCCUGUUGUUGUCAAACUAAGUUUGUUUUUGUGCAUCUGGGUUCUACUGUCAUCUACAUCAAUUAUGUCGGUCCAGUAGAAAGAGAACAAGGUCCACUCAAC